AUGUCACCUCGACUUCAAGAUAAGGUCGCCGUAGUUACUGGCUCAUCUUCAGGCCUCGGCCGAGCUAUCGCGACGGCUUACGCUCGCGAGGGCGCCAAGAUUGUCUGUGCUGACCUACAGCGAGAUGCUCGGGCUGAAGUAGAAGCGGAACGGAGUGUUAGUACCGACGACCUCAUCAGGCAGAAUGGCGGAACGGCAUUCUUUGUCAAAACCGACCUGAGCAAGUCUGAUCAAGUUGAACGGUUGGUCAAGCAGGCUGUAGCUCAAUUUGGACGCAUCGACAUCCUCGUCAACAACGCAGGGAUCUCAUUAGAGGCAAAUCGACCUCCUGCUCGUAUCCACGAGACGUCGGACGAGAUCUGGGAUAUGACCAUGGCAGUCAAUGUCAGGUCAAUCUUCUUGGCCUCUAAACACGUUCUCAAGCAGAUGAUGUCCCAGCAGAAGAACGAAGGUGCUGACCGAGGAUGGAUUAUCAACAUUUCCUCUAUUUUCGGUCUUAUUGGGGGACGUUUCAACUGCUCCUACGCUGCAUCCAAGGGUGCAGUCUCCAAUCUUACCAAACAGGUCGCCAUGGAUUAUGCUCCCGAGGGCGUUCAUUGUAAUGCUAUCUGUCCUGGCUAUACCCAAACCGCCAUCUUUAAGAAUACGGUGGCCAAUCUAGAUGAUAUCGAAGGAAUUAGGGCACGACAUCCCCUGCACGGCAUCGGGCUUCCUGAGGAUAUCGUGGGUGCGGCGAUAUUCCUAGCAAGCUCGGAAGCGAGGUGGAUCACUGGAGUCUGCUUGCCAGUUGAUGGUGGCUAUACGGCACAGUAA